GGGCUCCAUAACCACUAUAUGGGCCAUCAACCUGGAAGCUUGUCACUAUAUGCACCAUUCAUAUAGAUUCCCUUCAUUUUAGCCAUAUCACAAACUAAAGUUUCUGGUUUUACUUUACACAGAAGAAUGGUUGAUGCAGCUGUAUCGUUUGCCAUCGAAAAACUUGGUGAAUUUGUUUCCCAACAAGUUAACAUUAGGAUUGGAGUGAAAGAUGGUAUAGAGUGGCUUAAAGAUGAGUUAGGCUACCUGCUUAUCUCUGUAAAAGCUGCUGAAGCACACCAAGAUAAGGAUCAUAUUCGUCUAUGGACAGACAGCGUCAAAGAUGUUGCUAAUCAGGCGGUUAUUAUCCUCGAGAGGUUUAGCUCUCAACAAGAAGCACAAGCAGCAGAUGAGCAAGGUGGUGUCCUGGACUGUAUGCGGAGAUUUAUCUGCAUCUGCGAGAAAGAAGCCAAUCUUUUUGAUAUCGGUAAUGAUAUCGAGUCCCUGAAGCAAAAAAUCAUUGGCAUCAAGAGUAGGCGAGACGAAUACCAUAUUAGUGACAUCAUCAUAGCCACUCCGGAAGUGCAAAAGAGGAGGAGAGCAUUGCUCAGAGCAGCUUCCUUUGACCACGAGAAGGAUGUGGUUGGUUUUGGGGAUGAUGUUCGGACUUUGUUGGCUAAACUUUGUAAUGAGGAUCCCUCGCUUGGCUUAAUUUCCAUUCACGGAAUGGGGGGGUUGGGCAAGUCUACUCUUGCUAGUAAGCUGUACCACUCCAGCGAAUUAGGCCAUUUUAAAAGUCGUGCUUGGGUUUGUGUCUCUGAGGAUUAUGACAUCUCGCAUGUUCUGAGGAAGAUUAUAAAGUGUUUUGGGGUAGAAGGAACAGAUUUGUUGAACAAAAUGGAAGAGGUAGAGCUGUUAGGGCACCUAAGAAAGAUACUUCUUGGAGGUGAUCACUAUCUUGUGGUGAUUGAUGAUAUAUGGGAUGUAGAGGUCUGGAAAAAGAUUAAAAAUGCUUUUCCUGACAAGAAAAACGGAAGCAGGGUCAUUAUAACAACGCGGAAUAAGAUUGUUGCUGAGGGUGUAGAAGACACAUGUCUCGUCCAUGAACUAGGUUUUUUGAGCAAAGACGAGAGCUGGCAAUUGUUCUGUAAGAGAGCAAAACCACCCCCCAACCUGGAGAUGUUAGGUAAGGAGAUGGUAGAUAAAUGUGGAGGUUUACCUCUUGCAAUCGUUAUCCUGAGUGGGCUAUUAUUGCAAAAAAAGACCUACAAAUUUUGGUCUGAUGUUAAGGACCAGCUUUGGAGAAAGUUGAAGGGUGAGUCUUCGGAGAUUCAAGAACUACUAAAUUUGAGUUAUGAUGACUUGUCUUGCCACAUCAGACAAUGUUUUCUAUACCUUGCAAGGUACCCUGAAGAUCAUACUAUCCGAGUUCGUAAGUUAAAGCUAUUAUGGAUUGCAGAGGAAUUUGUUGAGGAACAAGAUGGAGUAGACAUGGAGGAUGUAGCUGAGGAUUAUGUGAAUGAGCUUAUUAAUCGCAAUAUGAUUCAGAUAGAAGUGCAGACUGCGGAUGGACAAGUUUUAUCUUUCAAGAUCCAUGAUCUUGUACGUGAUCUUGUUAUAGCAAUGGCCAGGGAGAAGAAGAUACUGGGAAUUUUUGACUCAAAUAAACAUCAUCCAAAUCCCAUACGUUCGUUGCAAGGACAGGCACGCCACUCAAUCUACAAUAGAAUUGGUGAGUACUUUAAAUUACUUGGGCCUAAUUCUGAUGAUAAUUUAAAUUUGCGCUCAUUAGCAUUAACUACUCAUACUGCUAUCCUCAAAAUAGAGGAAACAAAGUUGAUGUACACGAGAUUCCAAUAUCUCAAAGUGCUAGACUUGACGAGUGUAGAUGAAUCAGAGGGGAUGCCAGAUGAAAUAGGAGAUUUAGUUCUCCUAAGGUUCUUGGGCUUAAUGGGUACUGAUUAUAGUCGAUGUUUAGUGAUCCCUCCAAGUAUAGGCAAAUUGAAAAGGUUACAAACCUUGCAUGGUUCAGACUCUGACGAAACUAUAUAUGUAUUUCCUAAGGAGAUAUGUGAGCUUAAGGAAUUAAGACAUAUGAUCUUUUUUCAAAUUGAAGGGAAUUUGAAUAUUGGCAGCGACCAGACAAAGCUCCAAACUAUAACUAGGAUAAUCUAUAAGGAAUGGUGCCAGAUUGAAACCAAGAAUUGGACCAAUCUCCAUACACUUAUAAUUUCAGAAGAAGAAAGUCCUGAUAAUGGUAAAGAAGAAUAUAGUUUGGAGUCUAUAGCAAAUUUGACAAGUCUCAGAACAUUAGUCCUCGUACUGGAUGGUGUUAUUUCAACAAUGCAACCACUUUCGUCUUGCAAACAUCUCAACAGGGUGGGGUUGACGUGUCGGAUGAAAGAUCCAGCAGAACUAAGUUUUCUGCCGGAUUCAGUCACUGAUUUAACACUAGUAUUUACUGAUUAUUCCAAAGAAGAGCCGAUGCCCAUCCUGGGGAGUUUGUCCAAUCUUACAUCCCUUUGUUUAAUUUACUGUCGAGCCAAAAUUGUUUUCAGUGCAGAUGAUUUUCCAUGUCUCCAAUUCUUACGCAUAGAACUCUCUGGUGACCAGUCUGAACUUCAAGUUGAUGACAGAGCCCUGCCUUCCUUAAGAGCUUUUACAUCGAAUGCUGACAGGGAGAUGAUUCCGCAACGAUUAAAGUCUCUUCCUCCUGUGCCUGAUUUGGAAAAAUAUUUUUGGGAUUGACCUAAAAAUAACGGAAAUGUAAAGUUUUUGCAUGGGAUCAUAUCUUUACCAAUUUUCUAUCAUUUCAAUUUAAGGAAUGUGGUAUGUAUUAUUGAAUGAUGGUUUUUUAAGUAUUAAUUAAUAUCAGAAGCGGGGCACAGACUCUUUAUUUGUAAA